CUCUUCCUUAUUGUUAUGAAAAAAAGGAAAAAAAAAGAAUUGAAAAAGAAUUUUCCAACUUAAGAUCUGUGAAGUUGGCAACUCUGCCUGCAGUAGAUUGUUGGCGAUUGUUGGUUGCAUAUAAUCACACAAAUGUAUUGACCCUUUUAUGCUUGUGUCGUUUAGGAUAAGAGUGAUGUAAAUUAAAAACUAGGUUAUCAAUAGUUGAUGAUAAUUGUUAAAAUUCGCUAAUGAACGUAAUUUUUGUUAAUAUUGAGCUGUCUUCUUGCAUACGUGGCAGAGUCUACCACCAAUCAGGAAAGAAGAGAUUUCGAUAGGCGUGGCUUUGAAACACGUAUGCUUGUCUCUCUAAUGUUCAGCAGUCGCCAUAAUUCUUAAGAAGUCGUCGCGUGUGAAUAGUAGUAAUGCUUCUUUGAAAAAGAACUGAUUACCUCUUGUACAUCUUGCAAUUACUUUAAUCGACAGACAUUCAAUCGAAUAUCAUUGGAAAAAAAGACAAAAUGGAGAUGCUGCUAAUAUAUGUAGUGCUGCUUAUUCUCGCAGGAUUAAGUGUACAUCUAAUUUUAUUGUAUGGAAUGAAAGGAAAAUCAUAUGAAGAAGCUAUAGCUGAGCAGAGAAAACUAUCCGAUGAUCUUUUAUUGAGUAAGAAAGAUAAGAGCAAGGAUAAAAAGCAUAAGAAUAAAUCUGGCAAGAAAGUAAAGGAAAAGAAAGAAAAAGAUGAGAAGGAUGGAAAAGAAGAAAAACCAGAACAUGUUCAGUUUGAGGACACGCCGCAAAUAUUGACAUCUGAAUUGCCAUUGCAGGAGGGUAAUAAGGCAAGUAAGAAGAAAGGUAAGCCUGAAAAGGUAAAGCCGAUCCUCGUUAAUAAAGAUGAACCUUUGGCUAUUGCAUCCGAAAUAAGUUCUUCACAGCAUAUCUUGGGAGAAACUAAUCAUUUUGAGCUUAUUCAACCAAAGGAUGAUCUCGAACUCAUACGGAAUCAUAGUAAAGAAAAUCUUCCACAAAUAAAUCAAAUUAAUCAAUCUGAGCCGAUGGUAAGUAAACCUGUGAAGGAAACUCCAACAAAAUUGAAGAAAAAUGUUAAAGAAUUGAUUAAGAAGAAAGAUGAAAAUGUUAAGGAAGAAAAAAAAGAAACAAAUGUUAACGUUAACGCGUCACCUGCUGUUAUAAAUAAAGAAGUUGUAAAAGAGAUUAAAGAACAGCAGAAGGAAGCAGUUGUAAAGGAAGUAAAAGAAGUAAAAGAAGUGGUUAAAGAUCCUGUACCAGCAAUACAAUUAUCUAAUAAGGAAUCUAAGAAAACAAAGAAAAAAAAUGAUAUUUUGGCUCAGAUUGGUGGUGAUAAAGAUGCUGUUGACGUUUCUCUUUUGAUGCUUUUCAUUCAAAAAGCUGAACUUAGUCGCUCAGAAAUACAAAUCAUUAUAGAGCAACUUUUAAACAUGCAAAUGGAUAACCCGUCGGAACAUUCGGAGUGGACUGAAGGCCGUGCUGAUCCUGUGAUUAAAUUAAAAAAGCAAUUAGCAGAGAAGGAAAAAGCAUUGACUGAAGAACACGAAGCUAGCGUUGCAUUUCAAACUAAAUUGAAAGAAUUACGUAGCGAAUUUAACUCUGAAAGAUCUAGAUUAUCUGCUAAUGUAAGACAACUAGAGGAAGCACUGAAUAAUAAAAUAACAGAAACUCAAACUUUGCAUACACGUAUGCAACAUAUUUUGGAGAGCCAUGCUGCUGAGAAACAAGGAUUUGCUAGACAAAUUGAACAAUUGCAAACUAAAGUUAACGAAGAUGCUGCAAUUAUUCACAAAAUGCAAGAAGAUCAAGGCCAAACUCAGGGUCAUUUGCAACAGGAAUUAAUAAAUCAGCGUAAACAGUUGGAAGUUCAAUUUGCUCAAAUGCAUGAAGCCGAAUCCACGUUAAAAGCACAAUUGGCACAAAAACACGUAGAAGUACAAGAAUUGCAAAAUGAAUUAGAAGUAUCUUGUGCUAGCAGCACAGCUGAAAUAGAGAUGUUACAGCAGCAAUUAAGCAUACUACAGGGCCAAUUGAUACAUACAGAACAACAAUUGCAACAUUUUAAGGAAUCUAGCGAUAGACUCCAAGAUGUUGCUAGACAAUUGGAGGAAUCUCAUCGUGCUAAUGCUGAGUUAGAUCACAGAUAUAAAAAUUCGCAUCGACAUGAACAAGACUUGCAAAAACAAGUUAAUUCAUUACAGGCUGAGUUGAAUUUAGUUAAAGUGGAAGCUAACGAAGUUUCCUCUUUGAAAUCUGAAUUAACUAAAGUUCGAACUGAAUUACUUAAGAUGGAAUCAGAAUUGUCGCUAUCGAAAAAUGAAGCUAAUUCUGAGACUGCUGAAAUUUUAGCAUUAAAUAAUACAUUGUUUAACACAGAAUACGAUCUUAGAAGGUGUGAAGAACGACUUGAGAUGUUUUAUGACGACUUGAAAAAAUCUAAAGAAGAAGUUGAGUAUAAAGAAUCAAUAUGUAACGAUAUGAAAAAGGAAUUAGAAAGAUUGAAAAAUGAUUUGGAUACAACGGUCGGUAAUAAUGCACAAUUAAAGGAUGAAGUUGUCAAGUAUCAAAACGAGUCAAGUAAGCUUCAGGAAGAGCUAUCGCAAUUAAACAUAAUGCUUGCUAAAGCACAGGAACAAAUUAAAGCGAAUAAUGAAGCUGCAAGUGAAUUGAAAGUUUUAAAGGCUGACAUACAGAGACUUCAGAUAGGAGAAAAGAAAUCAAGCGAAUUACAAAUUCAAGUUACGAGAUUACAGGAAGAAAAGGAUAGACUUUCUGCUCAGCUUGUGAAUUUUAUGGAAAUGCAAAAAGAAAUACAAAAAUUGCAUGAAGAGAACGAAUCUUUGGUUUCUCAAUUGACGGCAACUACUGAGCGUCCUGCUGCAGAUGGCCAUGAAAAUGGAAUAGAAGAAAAAUUGCAGAAGAAUAAUACUGAAUUACUGGAACAUGUUAAUUUGCUAGCACAGAAAGAUAGUCAGUUGGAUAGUUUGAGAACAGAAUUAACGCAUCAAGAAGUAGAACUCAACAAAUUGAAUGCACAAGUUGAUGCAUUGAAAAGUGAUAUGAGCAAUAAGAAUAGUUUAGUUGAACGACUGCAAAAUGAUUUGGAUGCACAAAGAUCGAAAAAUAAUGAGCUACGUAUUAAAAACUGGAAAGUGAUGGAAGCUCUUUCUGCCGCUGAGUCGCGUGCUAAAUCUAACAAUGGAAAAGGCAUUGUUGAUAUAACACAGAAAAUUAAGGUAGAACAGCAAGAGCAGACCAAAGCAUUUUUACAAAGGGUAUUUCCGGAGAUUAAAGUUGCAGAAACUUCGCACGAGCAAUGGUUGAAUGCCUUUGAAAAUAAAGUAUACUUUUAUAUAAGUACAUUAAAAGAUAAAUCUGUAGUGAAAGUAAAUUCAGAUAUAGAAAAACAAAAUACAAAGUUACAAGGGUUGGUUACGCACUAUAAAAAAAUUAUUGAUGAUACAGAGGGUAUGCUUAAUAAUUUGCAAAGUCAUAUAGAAUCCGAAGAAACUAGAUGGCAAGAACUACUGCAACAGAAGGAAAGUGAAGUUUCUAAUCUUAGGGUAGAAUUGACUGAAUUACAAACUAAAUUAAAAACAAAUGAAAAGUUUCGAGAUAAGGUAUCUGAAUUGGAAGCCAAAUUACAGGACGCUCAAUUCUUAAGAGAACAGACUAAUGCUGAAUUAUCAGUUCUAAAAGUUGAACAGAAAUCUGUUGCAAAUGGAAAUAUGUGUAAUCACGAUCUUGCCGCUUUAGAGAAACUUCAAGAAGAGAAGACACGGUUGUCGGAAGAACUUCAGACGGAAAGGGAUAAAAGGGCAACAUUAGACGCAUCGGUAGCAAAAUUAAAUGCUCUAGUAGAAACUAGCGAGUCCAGUUUAACGGAAGAGAAAAAUCUUGUAGCACGGCUCCAACAAGAAAUAUCACAACUAAAGAAUGAAGGAUGUGGUGGCUGUAGCAGUUCUGAACAAUCCAUGUUGAACGGGCCUCCCACUUCUGAUUCUUCUAUAUCCGAGCAGUUAAAUAAUUGUAUAUCUGAAAUGCAGAAGCCACUAGCAACGAAAAAUCUGAUUGCUGCAUUAGAAAGUACUUUCCUCAAGAACACAGAGUUUACAAACUGUUCCAUGACCAAGUCUAUGAAUUUGGUUCAGUCUCAACAAGAAAUUGACAACAGCUCCCUAACUUCAAAAUACUCCUCCAAAUCUUGUCAUAUGACAGAUCACAACACACAGGCUAGUUGGAAUCCAUUGAAUGGCCAGCAACAUAAAAAACACAAGAAAAAAAGGAAGGGUGGUUCAAGAAAAAAGUAACUUCAAAGAACAAGCUACGUUAACGUACCAUGUUUUAGAAUGGUAAAAAAAAUAAUUGGAAUAAAAAGAGUAUAAAAUAAUGUAUAUGGAACCAGACUGUACACAUAAACGGCAAAACUUUGCUACUGAGAAGACUAAUAUAACAAUUUGAAAUAUAUUACGAAUACAAUGUUUAUUAUAUGAAGAAUACCAUAUUUUAUUAUGUGGAGAAAAUGUAAACAAUUAAACUUUAAUAGUUAGUAAAUAAGAGACAUUGAAGCCGAUAUUUGCUAUAUUAAUAUUAGAAGAGAAGCAUAA